CAGUGCCAUAUAUUCCAACGGAUUGCCCGAUGAAUAUUCCUUUCUAACUACUUUUCGGAUGACUGGGGCCACACUUCAGAAAUACUGGACUAUUUGGCAGAUUCAGGAUUCUUCAGGAAAAGAACAAGUUGGAGUGAAUCUUAAUGGUCAAAUGAAAAGUGUUGAGUUCUCUUACAAAGGAGUGGAUGGCAGUCUCCAAACGGCAUCAUUUUUGCAUUUGCCUUUCUUGUUUGACUCCCAAUGGCACAAGCUUAUGAUAAGCGUGGAAGCAAACAGUGUCACACUUUUUAUUGACUGUAUUAAAAUAGAAUCCUUAAACAUAAAACCAAAAGGGAAAAUCAGCGUUGAUGGCUUUGCUGUGCUUGGAAAACUUAAAAAUAAUCCUCAAAUUUCAGUUCCGUUCGAAAUCCAAUGGAUGGUGAUUCACUGCGACCCCCUGCGACCCCAGCGCGAAGGCUGCGGCGAGCUGCCGGCCCGG